AGCAGCAGCCACAGCAGCAGCAGCGCGGGUACUGCAGGGACCUCAAGGCAGCAACGCGGACAGAGACACCCGGGGAAGCCCGCGCCCCGCCUGCGCCUCCGCGGCGCGCCGGGGAAGCCGGAGCCAAAGCGGCUCCGAGGCGCCACCAAGGCCAGAGGCUACUGCGGAGCCGCAGCGCGGGGAAGACGCAGAUCGAACCGGGCGAGCGCGGAGGGAGCAGGCAUCCUACACCACGGUGUCUGUCCGUGGCGGCUGCGUGGGAGACAAAGCCUCCGGAGAAAGAUGCCCGCGGGGCGCGCAGCGGGCGGGCCAGGGAGCGGGCGCCUCCGAGUCUAAGUGCGCCUAGCUGGCCGAACGUUCCGGGGACGCCGAGGCCCCAGCGGGUCCAGCGGCGGGCGGGGCCCAGGUGCGCCGGGUCGCAGCGGGCCUGUGACUGCUCUGGGGGGCGGCGCCCUCCCGCCGCAGCCGCAGUGGCCGGCGCAGCAGCGAGGAGCCAUGGGCAACAUCUCCUCUAACAUCUCGGCCUUCCAGUCUCUGCACAUCGUUAUGCUGGGCUUGGACUCUGCCGGCAAGACCACGGUGCUCUACCGGCUCAAGUUCAACGAGUUCGUGAACACUGUGCCCACCAUCGGCUUCAACACCGAGAAGAUUAAACUGAGCAACGGCACCGCCAAGGGCAUCAGCUGCCACUUCUGGGACGUGGGCGGCCAGGAGAAGCUCCGGCCGCUGUGGAAGUCCUACAGCCGCUGCACGGACGGCAUCAUCUACGUGGUGGAUUCGGUGGACGUGGACCGGCUGGAGGAGGCCAAGACGGAGCUGCACAAGGUGACCAAGUUUGCGGAGAACCAGGGCACGCCGCUGCUGGUCAUCGCUAACAAGCAGGACCUGCCCAAGUCGCUGCCGGUGGCCGAGAUUGAGAAGCAGCUGGCGCUGCACGAGCUCAUCCCGGCCACCACCUACCAUGUCCAGCCGGCGUGCGCCAUCAUCGGCGAGGGCCUCACCGAGGGCAUGGACAAGCUCUAUGAGAUGAUCCUGAAGCGCAGGAAGUCUCUCAAGCAGAAGAAGAAACGGUAAUGCGUCCGAGCCGCGAUUGGGAACGAGGCUGAGCGAGCGAGCCACUGAGUGAAUGAAUGGAUGUCUGGGUGAGCGAGAACCCGCGCCCGCGAACAAAGACAACGAACCAAAGCGAUGCUUCGAAUUUUUAAAACACAAUCUCUGUACCCUAAUACGGGACUUGGAGACUCAACCCGGGUGUGGAGGCUGCAUUACCACCCAGCUCGCCACCUGCCCCACCCCCCACCCCAGCUCAGGGGACCUUUUGUCUAAAUGCUUGAGCUACCGAUGGGGUGGGGUGGGGGGAACCGGCGGGGAGUGGACGUGAGGACGCGAGGGUCCGGUAGUGAACCCUCUGGCCCCAGGUGGGAAGCUUGGAUGUCAGAGACAAAAGCGAUUUCUUCUUGCCUCCAUCAGGGCCAGAAGUUCAGGCUGCCCAGCCCCCACUGCGGGGGGAAUCACGUGUGAGUUACCUGAGGUAUGCAGUUCACAGAACCCUGGGGAUACCCCUGUGGGAGCGGGUAGGCAGUGGGGUGUACUGAUUGGGGGGGUGGGGGUGACCGCUCCUUGCAUUCUGGAGCUGUGCAAACUGAGUAGUUUUAUGUCACAGGGCAGGUCCCUGUUUGCAGUUUCAUUUGUCCUACUCUGGGCCCAAAGGAGGUGGUUGUUUGGGUCCAUCCAGAGGACUGCCUUGGACCACGCGGCAGCUGGAGGGCCCAGGGUGCUGCUGUACUUCUGGCCUUGGCUGGGAAUGGCCUGGAAGACGCCACUUUCCAGGGGUGGGUGUGUGUGGUUUUGUUGAGAACUGCUGUUCAGCCUGGGAUGAGACCUCUUCCAGAUGGCCUAGGCCCUGUCCAUGUGUUGGUCAUUAUCACAUAAAGAGACCAAUAAAACAAAGAAAAACAGAAAACCAUUGGAGGUGGUGGUGGUAGUACAGGUGUUUCAAAGGGUGAGGUUCUUGACGUUAAUGCUGUGUGUGUGUGUGUGUGUGUGUGUGUGUGUGUGUGUGUGUUCCCUCCAUACUGCAUAAUCGGCAUAAAUACUGGACCCUCUGUGUGGAAUUUGAAAUUCUCUCAGCCUACUGAUUGGUUUGGAAGGAGCACACUAGCUACAGAUGUGUGCAGAAUUGCAAAAUGGUUUUCUUAGAAUGGAUGUCUGAUAAUCCUAACCACGUGGUGAUAGGUUUCAGACAUGGUUUUUUUCAAAGAAAACAAACAACAAAACAAAAAACAAUUCCACAAAUGAAUAGUCUUCACCUUAGAAAAAUAAAAAAGACUUUGUCCCUUGUACCCCGUGGUACUGCAAGUGGAGACUUGUUCCCAUUUCUGAGCUGGGUCUUGGUAGCCUAUCUGAUUUCAGUAUUUUACUCCAAAUGUGUCGUUAGAGUAUUUGAUGUCAUUCACCAAAAGAACAAAACCCCACCCUGGAAAAGCUGACCUCGUUUGCAUGGAUUUGAAGGGAGGCACAGUCUGAAGGAUGAAGUCCCUUGGAAUUCACCCUUGUGGGAGCUGGCCUGGCCUCAGAGCCAGCCAGCACUUCGGUUAAACAACAGUGAGUGCUUGAGAUGAAAGGGAGCAGGCGUGUGACGUCAUGGUCACUGGUACUCAGGCACUUCACAGUUUACUUGAAAGAGGCUUUGGAAAAUAGAGAAAGUGAAAGAAUAAAUACAUAUUUUUAAUAAUGUAAUUUUAAAAAAUCCUUUAUAAUCAGGAGUGAGCCUUGGCUUGUUCAAAGCUGUCAUUUACCCUGAAACACAGUAUCAAAAGAGAAAUUUACAACUGACAGUUGUUUUUGUUGAUUUUUAAUUUCCCCUCUGAAUCCAUCUUUUAGGGUAGGAUUUUGGUUUCCCUGCAUGGCGACACAUUGCUGUGCGAAGGAGGCCAUGGUUAUUAGUGAGUACGGAGUUGGUCACAAUAUGAGCCCAUCCCUAUUGUCCUUGACACACUAAGAGUCAACUUAGGAACCAUAGGCAGGAAUCAUGGCUUCCUGCUUGAAACCCAGUCCUUCGAUUGUUUUUAAAGCUGAAAUCUAGCAGCCCAUGCUCCUUCCGUGUGUUCGGUAGCCCUCCCGUGCUAGUCUCUUUGUAGACCCUCAGUAGAGCUAAGCAGUGAUGAGCCGCCUGCAAGACCUGUUUACACAGCAACGGGCAUUCCUGGCUUCUUCAUGGGCUGGUCCCAUGGUCUGGAGAUUCUGUAUAGCUUAAAAAAAAAAAUCCACCUUCUUUUAUUUUCUUCACAAUUUCUUAAGCACUUUGACAUUUUGGUAGUUCCACAAUAUGGAGAGAAUAAUAUAUUUAUUUUGUGACAUUGCCUAUGCCAAAUACUGUAACCUUCCUGUGUUCACAAUACCCGAGUUCCAGGUCAGUGUUCGAAUCCUGGCCUGUUUGAACGAUGGCAUGGGAUGGUUUUGUGGUGUUUCUCACCCCCCCCAUUAUCAGUACUUAAGGGUGCAGUUGGCUGUUCGUAGUUGUGCAGUGGAGUCAAACCCUGUGGUGUAUCAGCAAAUAGUUAAGAGUCUCAGUUGAUUUCUGUAAUGUUUGACCUAAUUAAAAAAAAGCCCAUUUCAUCUGUGACAAGAGGGAGCCCAGUGAAGAUCACUGUGUGGUGGUGGUGCCAUGGGGGAGUUCCCAUCACAUGCCAGCAAGGUGGUGAUGCUUCUGCCCUUUGGAGAGGACUUUGACCUCCCCAAGCGAGGUUUGGAAUGGUUUCUGAUAGACACAGGGAGGCCGGUUUUGAUUUAGAGCUGUUCUCUUCACACUCUGUGAUGGUGUUGGGACCCAGUCCCCUGGCUUCUGUUUUUGGUUUUCCUGUAAUUCUCUGUCUUCACCAUUCUCUUUGUUCCCACCCCCUUUUAUAAUGCAUAUAUGAUGCUGUGAACAGAAAUAAACUAUUUAUACAAUCAAA